AUCGGCAGCGACAGAGGCUGGCUGGGUCGGUGACAGACGUUGAUAGUGUUGUUAUUGGUUUAUUUUUAAAUGUCGCUAUAAAAGCGUGCUGCAGCACAAAUCUCAGUUUAGUUUGAAUUAAAUUUCUUCUGAUAAACAAAUUCAAAAUGCAAAAACUUGUUGCCCUUUGUACUCUGUUAGCUGUUGCAGCUGUUGUCUCCAGUGUAGAAAUCGCCAGGGAGCCUGUUAAGAUCCUGAGACAAGAAUCCACCAAAGCCGAAGAUGGUUCAUACACCUAUCUCUUGGAAACCGACGAUGGCUACUUCAAGGAGGAAACCGGUACCGUCAUCAACCCAGGCUCAGAAGACCCAAAGGUCAGGGUUAGUGGAUCAUACCAUUACAUCGAUGCUGCUACCGGUGAAACCGUCAGCGUAGAAUAUACCGCCGAUGAAAAUGGAUUCUACCCAAGUGGAAGUCACAUUUCCAAGGAAAUCUCCGAAGCUGCCCUUAAGUCAAAGGAUACACCCAGGGAUGCUCAACAAUACCAACAAUACAAACCACAAGCUCAAUUGCCAAAGAGGAAGUUGUUUUAAGGAAAUAAUUUGAUUGAAAAGACAAAACCGAAAUAAUCAAAAAGGUAUCAAUGAUAUCAAUAUUUUUGCAUAAUGAUUUGUUAAGUUUUACUGAAGCUCAUGUUUGAUGAGAGGUUUGAGUUUCAAAAUGUGUGUAAAUAUAGAAGAAAUAGUGAAAAUCGAAAUAACGUUGAAACUGAA